AUGACAGACCCCGAGAGAGGCGCGACGCCUGUCGGAGAUGAGAAAGUCAAUUCUCAACACAAAGAAGAUAUGGGUGGUGAAUUUGCCCGCGAUGCAGCGGAAAGAGGCCAUCUCGCAACAGAUGAUUAUGGUCAACCCCUGGUUGAGUUCGACAAGGCAGCCGAGUCUAAAUUGCGACUCAAGAUUGACCUCUACAUCGUCCCAACCGUUGCUGUGAUGUAUUUGUUUUGCUUCAUCGAUCGCGCCAAUAUAGGAAAUGCCAAGCUUGCAGGUUUUGACAAAGAUCUGGGACUGGUUGGUUAUGAUUAUAAUGCAGUGCUCUCCAUCUUCUUUAUCUCCUACAUUAUCUUUGAGAUUCCCAGUAAUCUCAUGUGCAAAUGGGUCGGUCCCGGUUGGUGGCUUCCGGGAAUCACACUAGGAUUUGGCAUUUGCUCGGUCGCCACAGCUUUUGUGAAAGAUAUCCACAGUGUGUCUGGUGUUCGCUUUUUGUUGGGCAUGUUUGAAGCAGGACUGCUACCUGGAAUCGCAUAUUAUCUCUCGCGCUGGUAUCGCCGAAGUGAGCUUGCCUUCCGUUUAUCACUGUACAUUGUCAUGGCUCCUCUCGCCGGAGCGUUUGGAGGGCUGCUAGCAUCAGGUAUCCUGAAGCUUGACCAUUUUGGAUCUCUCCGUACCUGGCGCAUGAUUUUUGCUAUCGAGGGCAUUGUCACCAUUGGCAUUGGUCUGGUCGCAUUUUUCACGUUGACCGACCGACCUGAGACUGCAAGGUGGCUCUCGCAGGCGGAGAAAGACCUAGCUAUUGCCAGGGUCAAAUCUGAGCGUGUGGGCACUACCGAGGUCCUUGACAAGCUGGACAUGGCCAAAACUCUGCGUGGUAUUUUCAGUCCAGUCACUCUCACGACCGCAUUUGUGUUCCUGUUGAACAAUGUCACUGUGCAAGGUCUGGGUUUCUUUGCGCCUACCAUCGUCAAGACUAUUUAUCCCGAUGCCAGUGUGAUCUCGCAACAGCUACACACUGUCCCCCCAUAUGUGGUUGGGGCUUUCUUCACGCUUCUGUUCCCUUACCUCAGUUGGCGCUUUGAUCAUCGUUUGAUUUUCUUUGUUGUCAGCCCGCCAUUGAUGAUGACCGGCUAUAUCAUGUUCCUCGCGAGCGAGAACAGUAUGGUACGAUAUGGGGCCACCUUUAUCAUCGCUAGUGGGGCCUUCGCUUUUGGUGCACUGUGUACUGCACAUGCAUCGGCGAAUGUGAUCUCCGACACCGCUAGAUCUUCGGCUAUUGGAACCACGGUGAUGUUCGGAAACAUUGGUGGGCUCAUCAGCACCUGGUCCUUUUUACCCUUCGACGCUCCGAACUACCACAUUGGGAAUGGGCUCAACUUGGCGACUUCAACCACUAUCCUCCUUCUCGGGAUGGGCCUGUGGGCGUAUAUUUCUUGGGACAACCGCCGACGAGAGCGGGUUGACGUUCCCAACGCCUUGGCAGGACUUUCCCAGCAGCAGAUUCAGGAUUUGGACUGGCGCAAUCCUGGGUUCCGCUGGCGUCCCUAG